AUGGCGGUGCUGGUGGUGGUGAACGGAGAAGUGCUGACAUGCAUCGAGGAGGAGGAGGAGGAGGAGGAGGAGGAGGUCGAGGUCCAAGGGAGCCAGCGGAGGAGCGAAGAAGAGGAACUCCUGGAGAAGGGAGGAAGGAGGGAGAGGACGGAGCGAUUGCUGAGGGUCUUACUCAAGGCAAUCAAGGAACAGACAGGGAAGAGACAGACCAUCAGGUUCCUCCACUAUGGGCGCUGGGUCAAGAUCGAGGACGUAGACACAUACAGAGCUAUGAUGAACUUUGCUAGGAAGGAGGGGAAGGGGCAGGUGACAGCCGAGCUGGCAGAGUGCAACUGGGAGGACGAGGUCUAUCAAGGGAAGGAUGAUGAAGGGGCGUUUGCGAUGAUCAGCGACUUGUUCUGCUUCGACCCGCCCAUGGAGGUGAUGAACUUCGCUCUGUUGGUGGGAGUAGGCCUCCUGUUCUCAGUGGGAGGAGCGGUCGCCGCCUUUGUGAUCGACCAGAUUCAGUUCCAGGAGAAGACGAAAGAGCCUCUUCCUCUUAACAUGCACGUUCUCGGUGCGAUCUGCACCUUCCUGGCUGGCCCAUCGUUGGUCUUCCUGGCCUUCGUUCCGAAGAGGCGGCCACUGAACUUGUUCAACAUCAUGGAGGUUGCGAUCUUGGGCUUCCUGUCCUUGUUUGCGAGCAUGUUCUGUCUGGUGUGCUAUGGAUGGAGAGAAGAGAGGAGCAGGUGCAGGUGCAGGACCAAAAGAGUAGGAGCAGGGACAGGAGCAGGAGCGGGAGCAGGAGCAGGAGGUAUAGUCGGAUCUCUGAUUCUUCUCUACUCUUCCUGCCUGCACAUCCUGUCGAGCCGCCAACUCUUAAGCACUUGCGCCGUGAGGAUGUACCGGCGAGUUUUCCGCAAAGGGGAGGAUGAGUUGGAGGAGGAGUACGUCACACCCAGAGAGAGAGGGGAAGACAGUGAAGAGGACGAGGACGAAGCUCGGAAGGGGGCAGAGAUGGUCGACAAGAUCAUGAACGAGCAGUCGUCAUCGGGAUCAGGUCCGCACGAGGACGAGGACGAGGACGAGGACGGUGGUAAGACGAAGUUCGACCCCUGGCUCCCCUACAGGAUAUGCAAGUCCGUCUGCUGGAUCCUCGUCUUCCACUUCUGCAACCGCCGGAGGCUGAUCAGGAUGGCCAAGUCGCUUAUUCUCCUCGUGUGCUACACCGUCCUCUGCCUCCUCCUCCUCCUCCUCCUCGGCCUCCUCGCUAGCUGGGUCUACUACAACUACCUCUACAGCUUCCACUCCGCCCUCAGUGGAGGUCAGACGCUCUCCCGCAACCGCGCCGGGCGUCUCAACCGCCUGCUCUGCAUGGGGCAGAGACCGAUCGACCCCCGCGCCCCUCUCCCUCCCCUCAUCUUCGAGGCCAUGGAGAACGUCGGCCAGGCGAUGGCCUCCUAUGCUCUCCAGCAGGAGCUGGCAAGGUACGGCAUCGUGUGCUCCUACGACAGGGCUGGCUUCGGGUGGAGCGAGCAGGGGGGGAGCGACAGAUCGCCGCAGAGAGUCGCGGCGGAGCUAGCAUGGAUGCUCGUGAACGGGUCCAGGGGGAGCCCACCUGUAGUCGAGGUAGGGGGGAAGUUUAUCCCCCUGCUACCUCCGUUCAUCCUUGUCGGCCACUCGGUUGGCAGCAUCUACACCAGACAGUUUGCCAUGGACUUCCCAGAGCUCACCGCCGCUCUUGUUCUCCUCGACGGGAUUCCAUUGCAACUGGAUGAGCGCAGGAACGGCUUGCAGGUUCUUUCCGACUCUCAGAAGUUUUUCAAUGCACAGGUCUUGUGGUACGCCAGCGUCCUCACGCAUCCCAUCGGCUUCUCUACCUCUCUCUCCUUCCUCGUCAGGUCGUGGCUCCUUCCUGGCUCGAACUCCUCCCUCGAUGGCCUCAGUCAGCUCGUUGACUACUGGGUGAAUCCUUACACCGCAUCAGCCAUGAGAAAUGAGCUCGCUUCCCUCAGCAUCGGCUCUCUGCAGUCGCUGCAGGACCAGGAGCAGCGCCUGGGCUACCGCGUGCCGCUGGUGGUCUGGGCCCGAAAUUUCUCCUGCACGAGGAGUUGGCUCCAACCUGGAUGCGCCAGCCGUGUUCCCUCCUCGAGCAAAGCUUGGAUGCUCGGGGGGGAGCUGGUCUCAUGGUAUGACGUGCAGGCAUCGAUCGCGAAUCUCUCGCGGAAGGAAAGCAUCCUUGUGCGGAGCAAGACAGGCUCCAACGACGUGGCGGCACUACAGGGAGGAGAGGUGCUUGACGAGCUUGUGCGAGUGAUCAGAAUGGGGUGGGAGGUCGUUGGAUUCUGA